AUGUCUGACAAACACCGCCAACAACAGGUUUUCCAGGUGAUGAAGCAGAAACACCUGGGCUUGGGCAACGAGAACACCACGAGUGAAGAAUGGGUGAGCCAGGUACACAAAGACACUUUUUACAGUAUGGCGUCUCAUAGCGGAAUGCUGGAGUAUUUGGCUCUUGCACAGGGAGAUUCCAGCAAAAGAAUCACAGAGCUACGACUACUGGAAAAAAUGUGCGACAAAGCACCAACGAAUAAACGCAAGUUGACGGAGGAAUCGUAG